CGAGGAGAUGGCCGUCUUCGAUGCGGAUAUCCGUGGCGGUGAGGUGAAAGGCGCCCAUUGUGAGUGAAUGAUGGCGUGUAAAUGAAUUUGUCUUUGAAUUGUUGUUGCGAAUGGGAGAAAGAAUGGUAGUAGAAAGAGGGGGCUUUAUAUAUGUUUCCCUCCUCUAUGUAUGCAUGCAUGCCCCUCCAUCAAUAUCACAAGCUGUCAAUAGUGGAGUCCCCUCAAACCCAGCCAACCAACCAACCAACCCCACUUCAUCCUGCUAUUGCGAGGAUACCCAAAACCAAGCUAGCUCCAAACAUCAGCCACGCGCGUAAACACACUUGUCCGCCAGCUAUUAGCCAGUUCCAAUAGCCUCGUGGAACAGUCCGGGAGGGCAAAGCGGGGGGUGGGGAGAAGU